AUGGUUGCUGUCUGCAAUGUUUUUCUUCUGAAUCUGUUGCUGCUUUAUGGUUUUCUGGCAUCCUUCACUUUGAGCAUGCAGUUAAAGGACUUAAAAAAUGGUGCUCAAUCAUAUGGUAUUCGUGAAACUCGUCAAGCCCCAAAUGGUGUUUGUAUUGAAAAAAUUGGAAAUGGAUCUUAUAUUGGCAUGGCUCCACACCCUGAUGGCUCUAACCGCGUAUUUUUGUGGAAUCAACAAGGUAAGGUAUGGAUUGCCAAUGUUCCUGAGGAUGGAUCUAAUGGAGUGUUGGAAAUUGAUGAAUCAAAGCCAUAUCUAGAUAUAACUGAUCAUGUGCUUUUUGGUUUGCAAUUUGGGGUAAUGGGAAUGGAGUUCCAUCCUAAUUUUGUAAGUAAUGGUCGUUUCUUCAUUUCGUACCACUGUGAUAAGUUGCGACACUCAGGAUGUUUAGGUAGAUGCUCGUGUAACUCGGAAAUUAAUUGUGAUCCAGCAACACUUCCAAUAGACAGUGGCAUUGCACCAUGCCAGUAUCAAAUUGUAGUAGCAGAGUUCACAGCAAAUGGUACUGCAACAACACCUUUCUUGGUAUACAUCCGUUAUUGCUUCAUACGAUAA